AUGGCUAUACGACGUUCAAAUGAUGCUGUUCUAAAAGACCUUUCAUCAUAUAAUAAAGUUUAUCAAAAUUCAACAUAUGUCGAUAGACGAAAAGAUCAAUAUGAAACGUUAGUAAGAAAUUAUUAUAGUUUAAUAUCAGAUUUUUAUGAACAUAUGUGGCAUAGAAUUUUUCAUCUUGCUAAUCGAUUUCAUUGUGAAACAUUCGCACAAUCACUUCAACGGCAUGAGUCUUAUUUAGCAUUAAAAAUCCAACUUAAACCAGGAAAUAAAGUACUUGAUCUUGGCUGUGGAAUUGGAGGACCAUUAAGAUGUAUUGCAUACUUAACUGGCGCACAUGUUACUGGUAUAACAAUUAGAUCAUAUCAAGUUCAACGAGCUAAAACAAUUGGUAUACCAGCUAAUUGUCAAUUUAUUGAAGGUGAUUUUAUGAAAUUACCAUUUGAAAAUAAUACUUUUGAUCAUAUUUAUACUGUAAAAGCUGUAUGUCAUGCACCAGACAAGGCUAAAUGUUUUGCUGAAGUUUUUCGUGUACUUAAACCAGGUGGUUCAUUUGUUGGUUAUGACUGGUGUAUAACUGAUAAAUAUGAUGAUAAAAAUCGUGAACAUAUUGGAAUAAAACAUCUAAUAGAAGUAACUAGCGCAUCAUGUCAAUUAAAAUCAACUGAUGAAUUAACUUUGGAUCUUAAAUCAGUUUGUUUUACUAUUGAAGAAAAUCGAAUAAUACCCGAAGGUGAUAUUCCUUUGAUCCACUCAGCAGACAAUUAUGCUUCAUUUUUCUCAUUUCAUAGUAUUUAUACAAAGUGGUAUGGUGCAUAG